AGCAUAUCUUUACAAUAGUGACUAUGAUCUCGUAAUCUUAGAUUGUCAGUCACAUAUAAAACAUUUUAACCCUUUCAAUUUCUAACCAGAGAUUGUUUAAAGUACACUUGAACUUUGACGAAUUAUUUUACAUUGACGAGUCAUUUUCAUGAAUGUUAUGCUUUAAGUUGUUCUUAAUUAAAAUGAAUAACUUGUGUCUGAUAAAAUAUAACGUGUAACAGAUUAAAUAUCCUUUUACUAAUUUAUUCAUAGUCAAAUUGAAAAUUCAAGACUGAUACUGUUUCUAGCAUUCAAGUUCUCUUGAGACACCCUAUAAUUUCUUAUCAAACAAAUUAUUGUUGAUAAAUAGCCUGAUGAAAUGUGGGAAAUCCUUAAUAUCUUAACAGAACACUUUAAAAAUAGACUUCACCUUGACAUUACUACAACAAAAAGAAACCAAGAGAAAUGGAAUAAAACUUGGAGUAUGAAAGAUAACAAAUAUUGUGCUUUGUGUUAAAACAUCCCAUUUAAAACGACUAUGGAGAAAAAGAUCGACGAGUUAAAAAAACGUUUCGAAGAAUUAGAUAAGGAUAAAGAUGGCUCAGUGACAUUGAAGGAAUUCAAAGAGGAAUUGUUAGUUCAAGGGUUUCCAGAAUCCUUAGCUUCUAAAUUUAUGGUAAAAUUUGAUCAUGAUAAUGAUGGCAAAAUUACUUUGGAUGAAUUCGUCAAAACACUUUUAAGCACGGACGACAAUGCUGCUUCACCAAAAGCUGAAUAAUCUGUACGAAAUCAUUCACGCAUGCAUGCAUUUGUAUUCUGUCAAGAUAAGAGAUUAAACAGUUUUUGUCUACCAAUACCGGCUUUGUCUUAUUUAUUGAUUCCAGUUCAUGUGUUUUAAGUUGUUUGAAUAAGAAAUAAUUUGUGAACUAUUGAAAUUUGUUUAAUGGCAUAUUUUUGUUAAGAUAAAUGUAAUAAACUUCCUAAAAAUGGUA